ACAGGCGCACAGCGAGUUCCAAGGUGGCGGCCCAGUCACGGCACGGCCCAUGGGCUUUCGUGCCCGUGCCGUGUUGGGCCCUGCUACAGUUCCACCGUGCCGGCCCAUUUGGCCAGCACUCGCCAGUGACGCCUCCGCGGCUCCGCCGCUUCCGUAGCCGGCUCGCCGCAUCCUCGGCCGCCACCACCUCCUCCUCCCUCCUCUCCGGCUCCGCCGUCGCUUCCCCUUCUCUCCAAAGCGCCCCUCGUCUCUCCACCUACCGUCCCGACGAUGAAUCGGGAGGACGGCGCCAAUGCCCGGAAUAUGCAGAGGUUGUGAGGCAGCGACUGGCUCACAACCUCUGCAUAUGUGUAGGAUGAGGUGAUGCGGCAUUGUGGCUGCAGGUGCUGCCGCUGCCGCUGGCGCCGGCAGGCGGGCCCCCCUCGUCGUCGAGAUCCAGCCCCCUGUGCUCCGCGCCUCCGCCGCUCCAGCCUGCACUGGACAACGCCCCCGCCGCGGCCUUUUGCUUGCUCCCGAUGCUGACAUCACGUUUUGCCUGAUAUAUGUUUGCUCACUGGGAAGCUCAUCAUCCCAGACUUCAGCAAUGACUGCAUAUUUCAUAUCUGUGUUCAUCUGCAAAUUGUUCGUUAACAGGACAGAUUGAUUAAGUUUUCUCCCUUAUUUCACUGGUAAUUUUUGCUUGCAGGGCGUCGUGGACAAAAUAUGGUAAACUCGCGUGCAGCACGCGUGACAGCCUGACAGGGGGGUCAAGAGUGCGUGUAAACAUGUGAUCAAGUUGCACGGCCGCAAAGUUUGACGCUUGAUUAGUACUGCUACUUUGUAUCUUCACGGCAUUGGGAUGCUUGGUGUUCAGUGUUCGUCAUCGAAGAUGAAGUGCAUUUUAAACUUUUGCAUGCUCUCCUAUGUUUAGUCGAUAUACCAUCAACCUACUAGCUGCCCAAUCUGUGCGCACAAACAAGACCACCAACUGACUGAGCCAGCGAGCAUGGAGUUGGGGACGGGGCGAUAGGGAGCCUUCUCCCCAAGCUGGUUGAGGUACUCAAGGAGGAGUACGACUUGCACAAAGGCGUGAGGAAGAAGAUCAAGCAUCUCUCACAGGAGCUGGAGAGCAUGAAUGCUGUCCUCCUCAAGGUCGGUGAGGUGCCUCCAGACCAGCUCGACGAGCUGGUCAAGCUCUGGGCAGGGGAUGUCAGGGAGCUGUCCUACGACAUGGAGGACGUCGUCGACGCUUUCUUGGUGCACAUCGAUGGUCCUGAGCCUCUUGACACACACAUGCUCAGGCGCUUCCGGAAGAAGAUGGCUAAUUUCUUCAACAAGUGCAAGCAUCACCAUAAGAUCGCUGGAGCUAUCCAAGACGUGAACAAGAAAGUCGAGGAGGUGGCUGCAAGGCGUGACAGGUACAUGGUGGACAACAUUAUCGCCAAGGUUACAGGUCCUGUUACCAUCGAUCCUCGCCUUCAGGCGCUAUACAAAAAGACGACAGAGCUUGUUGGCAUUGAAAAGCAGAGUGAAAAGCUCGUAAAGAUAUUAUCCCUUGGGGAUGAUGUUCAUGCCUCCGACGAGAAAAUGAAGAUUGUCUCUAUUGUUGGAUUUGGAGGACUCGGCAAAACCACUCUUUCCAAAGCAGUAUAUGACAAACAUAAACUGGCAUUUGACUGUGGGGCUUUUGUUCCGGUUGGUCGGGAUCCUGACAUGAAGAAAGUCUUGAGGGAUAUUCUUAUUGAUUUUGACUACAUGAAUCCAAAUGUGAUGAUAUUGGAUGAAAGGCAGCUCAUCAACGAACUACGGAAACUCAUCCAGAACAAGAGGUUUUUGUUUGUUAUUGAUGACAUAUGGGAUAAGAAAUCAUGGGAAUUGAUCAGAUGUGCUCUGCAACAUAGUAAUUGUGGAGGUAGAGUAGUGGUAACUACUCGUAUUUUUGAAGUCGCCACGCAUAUCGGUGAUAUUUACAAAAUGCAACCACUUUCUCGUGAUGACUCUGAAAUAUUAUUAUAUUCUAGAAUAAAUGAUGGUGAAGACAGAUUCCUAGACAGUCUUUCAACUGAGGCAUGUGAUAAAAUUUUGAAAAAAUGUGGUGGUGUGCCAUUAGCUAUCAUCACAAUAGCUAGUUUGUUGGCAAGUAAAUCAGGGGAGGACUGGUCUAAUGUGUACAAUUCUAUUGGUUUUGGUGAAAGAGGCAAUGACAUUGUAGAGAAUACUCGAAGAAUACUGUCUUUUAGUUACUAUGACCUUCCUUCACAUCUAAAGGCUUGCAUGCUGUAUCUGAGUCUAUUUCGGGAAGAAUAUGGGAUCGAGAAAAAUCUUUUGAUAUGGAAGUGGAUAGCUGAAGGUUUUAUCCAGAAUGAACAUGCAACGGGGAUAGGAUUAUUUGAGCUUGGGGAAGGGUACUUCAACGAGCUAAUAAAUAGAAGCAUGAUCCAACCGAUGGAGUUAGAAGAUAAUGGGUAUGUAUAUGGUUGUCGUGUGCAUGAUAUGGUGCUUGAUCUGGUCUGUUCGUUAUCGAGUGAAGAAAAGUUCGCCACUAUAUUGGACAGCGAUGACCAACAAAAACAACUUAUGGUGGGUAGCAAUGCUCGCAGGUUGGCUGUGCACGGUAGGAGUGUUGAAGAGCACAACCACCCUCAGCUGGUUAAUGUGGGUUUGGAGAAAGUGAGGUCCUUCAGUGCCACUCAGUGCGGCGAUAUUAAUGUGGUAACAUCAUACUUUCGAGUUCUACGCGUUUUAACUUUGGAGGAUUGUAGUGUUACUGGGGAAGCUUGUGGAAAACAUAGAUUAGAGCAUGUAGGGAAUUUACGCCACCUGAGAUAUCUGGGGAUUUGGAAUACACGUAUUGAUGAGUUCCCCAAGGAAGUAGGAGAUCUCAAGUUUCUACAAACGCUGAAUUUGUCAGGUACUGGAAUACAACAGCUCCCGGAGGCUGUGGGCCUUUUGAAACAACUGUUGUGCCUACGUAUCAAUGACAGUAUAGCAGUUCCAGCUGGUUUGAUCGGGAAUCUUACUUCAUUGCAAGAGCUGAAGAUAUGGCCGGUUGAUGAUGUCUCAACAAGGCAGUUUGUGAAGGAGCUGGGCAAGCUGAGGGAGCUAAGGAUUCUCCGGUGUACCAUUCAUAUUAGCGAUGAGGGCAUGGAGAGAGAUUUGCUAGAAUCGCUAGCAAAUCUGCACAAGAUCCGCACUUUGUGUAUUUUGGGCUCAGCAUUACCGAGCGGCAUCACACGGGAAGCAUGUUUUGUGACCCCUCAGCGCCUUGGACAGCUGUGCUUGGAAUGCUUCAAGUUCUCUGGACUACCAGUAUGGAUCAACUCUUCACUUCUUUUGAACCUCACCCAUCUAGAUGUGUCAGUGCAUGUGGUGCAAGAACAGGACAUGGAAACCCUUGGGAGGCUACCAGAGCUCUGUUAUCUCAAACUGUGUUCAGAUUACACCAGGCUAGUAAGCAUAAGGAAUGGUGAUCUGCAACGCUACUUAUUUCGGAAAUUGAGAUUCUUUGUUUCUCCCUUUUUAUUUGCCCGGUUUGAUGAUUUGCACGGCCGUGAAAACGACGGCGGCAUAUGCAUAGCAGUAGCACCUUCCAUCAUGAUGCCAAGCCUUGAAUCCCUUGUGUUUUGUGUCUACGUACGGUUCCUAAAAGAUAUGGUGGAAAUGCAGCCUGGCUUUGACAAUCUGCAUAUGCAGCUUGGCUUUGAAAAAGUUGCUAGCAGUUCGCUCCAGAGGGUCACUGCAACGAUCCAAUGUGAGGAUGCUACUGCUGCUGCGGAGGUGGAGGAAGCGAAGACAGCAUUGGCGCAUGCAGCUGACCUCCAUCCCAACCGUCCCACCCUUACAACUCAAAUGGUGAACAAGCAUAAGAUGCUCUCAUCCGACCGAGAGCUACGAGUGUGAAGCAGAGGAGAUGAUGGAGAACUGGCGGAGAGAAUCUAGGAGCAGGAGAGCAAGGAUACCAGCUCUGCUUUCCCCUGAUGGUUACCCUGCAAAAGCAAGCAUACAUGUUGCAUUGCUUCUGUAUCAAUUCUGUGAGACAAUUUAGUUGAUUCUCUGAACAGAGUCAGCUAAGUGCCAAAUGCCCGGUUCCAGCCUGUGUUUGAUCGAUUGACGAUUGGUUCGGAUAUCUCCUUCACUUUUCCUGAACUCCAUCCACGAUUCAAGAUGUCAAAUGCAUAUAAUCAUUAAUUAGCAGCUAGCAUUACGUGGACAAUGUGCUUCAAGAUGCAUUUCGUUUUCGCGUUUCUUGUAUAUUUUUGUCAGCGGGCUAUCUUUGUCAAAACGUUAUGCAGUUACUCCACCGGUCUGUGUUAUGAACAGCGGUGUGACUGUACUUGUUCAUCCCUUCCUGUUUGUGUUUCUGUCAGGAUAUCGAACAAGUUCUGAAUCACAUUGGUACUGAAAGAGACUAGACUUAGGCCCCCAGCUGAAUAGUAGACAAGACCAUAUAUGGUUCGCAUGUAUUAACUUUUAAUUACUUCUUCUAAUAGAAUGACGUACAAUCGAAUUGCCAGUUUGAUGAAAAAAAUAUGGUUUAGAAGUGAGGUUGAUUGUCCUUGUUAAUUAGGUUUACUGAUCCACUGUCUAUCGGUAGUCCACUUCCAAGUAACUGAAUCAUAUUGUGUACUCAGGCUAAUGGUCCCAAUCUCGUCCGGAGUCUGAAUAUUUCAUGAAAAUCUCCUGCAACAUUGACAGUGAAACCUGAAAUCAGUUAUGUAUACUGAACGUAUGCCUAUGGGCAUGUCUGUAAACCGUAACCGCCACCUGAAGAAAUCAAAUUCAGAAGACAUACAUUAUUAGUCAUUCGAAUUCAGAAGGCAGAUUGAUAGUAGUAUUAUCGGACAACAAUGGAGGAGGCGGCGAUCAAAGAUGUGUUCUGUAGAUGGAGUUGAUAAACGGGGGGAUCCAAAUAGAUGGAGAAGAAAACUCCGACCCCUAGGAUCUCCGUGAGACGUCCGAUUAAGGAUUUG